GUCCUUUUUUCUUUGUGCAGACUGGGGAAAAAUUGAUGGCCACUCUCCCACCCCUUCUCUUAUCCUUUCUUUUCUCACCCAUCUUUAUAUUAUUUUUUUAUUUUUAUUAUUAUUCUCCAAAAGGGUUAACUUAAAAACCCCCCCAAAAAUUACUUUUUAAAUAAAUAAAUAAAAACAAUUGGUGUUUUGUUUUGUUUUGUUUCUAUACAUAUCUGAAGAGGAUACACACAACCCAUGUUUUGUUUUGUUUUAAUCUAAUCUCCACCCAAAGAAAGUUUUCGUUUUUAAUUUUUUUAGAAAAAAAGUUUUGAUUUUUUUUUUUUUUUGGGGGUUUCUUCCAAAAUGGAAUUCGACGAGGAGAACGACGAGGAAAUAAUGGAUGAGAUGCCAAUCGCCACUCACCACUGCGACUCGCUCACUAACUCAGCUUCAACUCGGCCAAAACCCGGAGAAGGUGCAUCAACAGCGAGAAAAACCAGUAGUAUUAGAUAUAGAGAGUGUUUGAAGAAUCACGCGAUCGGAAUCGGCGGACACGCGGUGGACGGUUGCGGCGAGUUUAUGCCGGCGGGAGAAGAAGGAAGUAUAGACGCACUAAAAUGCGCCGCCUGUAACUGUCACCGAAAUUUUCACCGGAAAGAAACGGAUUCAGAUCAAGGACAUUACUAUUACCAACAACAACAACAAAUUUGUCCAUAUCGUGGACCCACACCACACCCAUCUGCUUACGUGUACAUGAGGGGGGCCCCAGUUCAACAAAGGGCGUUGGCGUUGCCGGCAGCGGCGGGGGGGAGGGAAGAGGACGACACGUCGAAUCCGAGUAGUAGCGGUGGCGGGGGCGGAGGAAGUGGGAGUGGGUUGUUGUUGAAGAAGAGAUUUAGGACAAAGUUUAGUUCAGAGCAAAAGGAGAAAAUGUUAGAGUUUGCGGAGAAAGUUGGAUGGACAAUUCAGAAGCACGAUGAGGCUGAUGUGGAACGAUUCUGUAUGGAAACCGGAGUCCGGCGGCAAGUACUUAAGGUAAGAUGGAAGUAUAUGGAAGUAGGGUUUAAUUAUUUAAGGAACUAAGUUUUGGUUGUGUUGGUAACCAAUGGGAAAGAAGAGAAGAGAGAAUGAAUCUUUGGAAGUGGAUUUUGGUGGCAAAAGUAAAGAACAUGAAUGUAGUUCAAGUCUUGAGCUUGGUCCGGUGUCGGGACAAUCAUGUCAAUAUUGAUUUCAACUCUUCUUUCUUUUCUUUUCUUUUCUUUUUUGGUUUUAAUGUUUGUGUUUUUUUAUUUAUGAUGCAUGUAAUAACAUUGAACAUGUGAGACUUUUUUGUUUGAAUUGAAAGGAAAGAAAAAAAAAACUCAUCUUUGCUUUGGCA